AUGAGCGACCGUUCAUCAGCGAAGGGUAUACGACGGAUAAUGGCGGUUACCGGUGAGAAAGCACGAGAAAAUCGGCGCUAUGCCAUGAAUGUCUUGUCUCGCCUCGAGGCUGAGAUUGAAAAUCCGAAUAGAAAAAAUCAAGUCGAUAGUGCGCCUGAUGAGAAGACGGACUGGGCACGUAUACCGUAUCUAAUCAAUGCAAGAUGCCGUGAACUACAGAAGUCCAUUAAGAAAAAACGAAAAGCGAAGAAGACCGUUGUUGCGACGUAA